GUUAAAGUAAGGGCGGCGUUUCAACUCCUCCGGUCAGUGUGAGUAACGGAGAGACCGCGGUCAGGAUGAUCUGAGAGCUGCGGAGACUUAGCGGUGCUCUGUGGAAGUCAUGGCCGGUCAGUGUGAACCCUUGAGCGGAUACUUACAGCAGUCUGACCCGGGCUCGAACAGCGAGCGCAGCACUGAUUCCCCGCUGCCCGUGUCCGAGGAUGACACCGCUGGACCUUCGGCACCUCUGGACCCCGAGUGGACCGAGGAGAGGUUUCGAGUAGACCGCAAAAAACUGGAGAUCAUGUUAUUAGCAGCCACUGAGGGUCGGGUCAAUGGAGGCGAAGACUUCUUUCAGAGGGUCAUGGAGGAGACAAAUACCCAGAUUGCUUGGCCUUCCAAACUGAAGAUUGGUGCUAAAUCAAAGAAAGAUCCUCACAUCAAAGUUAGCGGUAAGAGGGAAAAUGUGAAGGAGGCCAAAGAGAAGAUCAUGUCUGUCCUGGAUACAAAGAGUAAUCGUGUGACCCUAAAGAUGGACGUCUCGCACACAGAGCAUUCACACGUCAUCGGCAAAGGAGGAAACAACAUCAAGAAGGUGAUGGAAGACACGGGCUGUCACAUCCACUUCCCUGAUUCAAACCGCAACAACCAGGCUGAGAAGAGCAACCAGGUUUCUAUAGCUGGACAGCCGGGAGGAGUCGAAGCCGCCAGAGCCAGAAUUCGGGAGUUACUUCCCCUGGUGUUGAUGUUUGAGCUGCCGGUCAUAGUGCAGAUGAACCCUGACCCCAGCUCUCCUGCGAUCCAGCACAUCUCACAGACGUACAACAUCUCUGUGGCGUUCAAGCAGAGGUCCAGACUCUACGGAGCGAUGGGAGUCGUGCGGGGAUCACAGAAUAAUGUAGCUGCUGUCAAAAGAGGCACGGCGGUGUUACUGGAACACCUCGCGGGAAGCCUGGCCAGCGCCAUCACGGUCAGCACACAGCUGGACAUCGCACCGCAACAUCACCUCUUCAUGAUGGGACGUAACGGCAGCAACAUCAAACACAUCAUGCAGCGCACCGGCGCUCAAGUUCACUUUCCAGAUCCCAACUGUCCGCAGAAGAAAUCCACAGUCUAUGUGCAGGGAACCAUUGACUCGGUGUGCCUGGCCCGUCAGUACCUGAUGGGUUGUCUGCCGCUGGUGUUGAUGUUUGACAUCAAAGAAGACAUUGAAGUGGAACCACAAUGCAUAACAUCUCUGAUGGAGCAACUUGAUGUGUUCAUCAGCAUCAAACCAAAACCCAAACAGCCAAGCAAGUCUGUGAUAGUGAAGAGUGUGGAGAGGAACGCUCUGAACAUGUAUGAAGCCAGGCGUUGUUUGCUGGGUUUAGACAGCAGUGGAGUAACGGUGACCGGCGGCUGCAGUAAUCCUCAUCUAUCUGCUCCAACUCUCAGCUGUCCUGUGGGACUCGACAUACUGACAUCCGCUAGUCUCGGACUCACCAGCCUGGGUCUUCUGGGGCCUACAGUCGCCUCCAUGAGCGGACCGUCCAGCAACUCUCUUCUCAAUGCCCUCAACAACUCCAUCAGUCCGUUACAGACACCCACUACUGGAACACCCAGCCCAAGUUUCUGGUCCAAUUCACUGGCCAGUCCAACCAGUACUCCAGGUUUCUCUUCACCCCUGAUGAUUCUCCCAGCCGCACAGGCCACAUUAACCAGCAUGCUGCUGUCCGGAGUGCCGGGAUACACCCAGAACACCCCGUCCCCACCGCCCGGUCUUGCCCCUAUAGACACCCAAGUCACAGGAGUAUCAGACUGCAGUAAGGCCAUGUCACCCCUCAGUGGCAAACAGUCCAGCUCAAUGUACGGGAUAUCUGCAGCAUCUUUGGCCGACAAGGUUCUGAAUGGUUCUCAUGACUCUGUGCAGGAAGCCAACGCUCACUGUGCUUCUGAACCGCUGUCCAGCAAAUCCAGCCAAGACCAAGGUUCAGAUACAUUUGUGGAAGUGGGCAUGCCCCGCAGUCCGUCUCAUUCUGGAAACAGUAAUGACCUGAAGCAGAUGCUGGCGUCAUGUAAGACGACCUCAGGAAAGAGACAAACCCUUGAGCUGUUACAGGGCACCAAGAACUCAAUCCUACACUCAGACUCUUUGUUGUCAGACUCAGACUCCAGCGCUUCUGAAAGUCCCGUGACUGAUAAACGCGCACCAGGAAGUGAACGAGCAGCAGAACGGGCAGCUCAGCAGAACUCGGACAGAAUCCGUCUACCGUCCCAAUCCUCCUUCACCAACAUGCAGGCUUUUGACUACGAGCAAAAGAAGUUAUUGGCGACCAAAGCCAUGUUGAAGAAGCCAGUGGUAACAGAGGUCCGCACCCCAACUAACACAUGGAGCGGUCUUGGCUUUUCAAAGUCCAUGCCUGCAGAGACCAUUAAGGAGUUGCGCAGAGCGAACCAUGUGUCUUAUAAACCCACCAUGUCCACUACAUAUGAGGGGUCGACUCUGGCUCUGUCCCGCUCCAGCAGCAGAGAGGGAGUGGCGAGUGGCAGUGACUCUGAUAACUGGAGGGAGCGAAAUGGGAGCGGGCUCCCAGCACACGGUGACUUCUCCUUGCCCAUCAGCCCCAAAAGAAAACAAAAUAAAACUGAGCACUACCUGAGCAGCAGUAACUACAUGGAUUGCAUCUCUUCAAUGACGGGAACAAAUGGCUGUAAUCUCAACACAUCAUUCAAAGGAUCCGAUCUACCGGAGCUUUUCAGUAAACUCGGCCUUGGAAAGUACACAGAUGUGUUUCAACAGCAGGAGAUUGACCUCCAGACGUUUCUCACGUUGACCGAUCAGGACCUGAAGGAACUGGGUAUCACCACAUUCGGAGCCCGCAGGAAAAUGUUGCUUGCCAUCUCAGAGCUGAACAAGAAUGGAAGAAAGCUUUUUGAACCGCCCAACAUCCGCUCCUCGUUCCUGGAAGGGGGCGCCAGCGGUCGCCUGCCACGCCAGUUUCACACAGACAUUGCCAGUGUGAGCGGGUGCUGGUAAAAACAUCCCAAUGUCAGACUGAGUACAGAGAAGCCCAAACUGCACACAUUUACAUUCUCAACUUCAACCUGAUGUACAGUAGAUGAUUAAAUACAGGGUGAGGAUUGAUAAAGUGUGUUCAUGUUAAGUGUGUGGUAUAUUAUACAGUAUGGUACUAAAGGAUCAAUCUCACUCCUGCACUGUGCUUAUGAAUGGAGUAUUAUUUAUAUGCAUGUCUUAGGCUUUGUCAUACUAAUUCUUUGCACUUUAAGAAUAUUAAGUACUUUGUCUAUGGACAGAUCCGCCCGACUAGAUGCGCUUGGAUCUCACUUAAAGCACUUAAAUGGAUAUCAAGCCAAAGUCAAAUGUUCUGCAUGAAGAUGCUGUAGAGAAACAGUUCAUAAAAUAUCAAGAAGGAAAUCUAAAGCAGUGUUGCUAUGGCGUACAGAUUUUAGUCUUAGCUUAGACGCCAUGUUUAAUUUAAUAUAAAGCUCUAUGAGAGACAGUAGACUACAGUCAUUUCAAACAGCCAGCUAGGACCUCAGUUUUAAUUUCAUUUCCUGAGGAGCAACACAACCAAGUGGUUCAUGUUUGAGGUCUUCACGGGUCCACUUAGAUCAGAAAACCCGAGGCCCGACCCGAGACCCGAGCGGGUUUGGGUCUAAAACUUUGAUGUGCGCCUUGGACACAGGUGGGGUAUAAUAAUAGUGGUCUCGGGUAAAUUAAAAUGAAUGUGUUAAUGCUAGUGCUGUGACGGAUCGCACAUAGACGUAGAUUUCUGUACGCAUAUGCGGAUAAAUGUGUCUGGUCCAGCUCCAGUCAGGUGUAAUCAUCCCUUCAAAGAUCAGAACUCCACAUUCGUAAACUAUAGAGAGAGAGACGCGCUGUGUCUCCUAAACCCCAUUCACACAGACCUUUGGUCCCAGAAAAUACCCGUAAAAUUGCCAGACAAGCGUCUGUGUGAACACAAACUCGUCCCGUUAAUCUUCUGGGAUCGUUGCCAGAAAGAGGACCUAGUCAGAUAUACGGAAAACCCUCUGUGUGAACAAGAAGCCGAAACAAUGCCGUAAUGGGCGUGUCGUAGUGUCAUCAUCACAACAAAAGUUAUGGUUCAGCUCCUUAAAACGAGAGAUAACAUGCAUAUAAACAUUCACCACGAGAAAUGUUGCAAACUAGAUUGAAGCAGUUAUCAGGAAAUGAUAAAUGAGAUGCAUAAACAAUGACGCACGUGCCGUAGUGAGGGCGCGCGUGUCAUGGCAACAUGAAGUUGGUUCAACUCUUUAAAAUGAGGGAUUUACAACAUUCACAACGAGAAAUGUCAGCAUACUGGACUGAAGCAGAUAUCAGGUAAGUUAGCUCGUUACUUGCUGCGUUGAAACCGAGAUCAUUCAGCAGCAUAAAAGAAUAUCGCGUCACGUGCUCAUUUGAGCUAUAAUAAACGAAAAUACCAGCGUGUCAUCCCAACAAGAUAUAUCGUUCAGCUCCUCAAAAUGCGGGUUGUUAAUGCAUAUAAACAAUCACGAUGAGAAUUGUCUGAAAACUGUAUUAAAGCAGAGAUCAGGGAGCUCGUCAAAUAUCCACUCAGAAGCUGAGAUCAUUCACCAGCAUUAGAAUGGUGCGUCACGCGCUCCUUUAUAAUUUUAUCAUAAACAAAAAUGCACGCGAUUCUGGAGAGAGAAAUAAUAAAUAAUAUGCAAACUUCGGACGGUGCGUAGAAGAGAGGGCAGGACUUUCAACAGGUCACGUGUCUUUCCGGGACCAUAGAUGCCGGGUAAUCAUGGCAGUGUGAAUGAACAAAAAAUCGAAGGAUUCCGGAAAAAUCCAGGAUGCCUUUCCAGUGUAUUUUCCGGAAUGUCUGUGUGAAAGGGCUAUACUGUAGUCCAUUAACAUACAUUUGCUGAAAAGAGCAAUGAAAAACAAUGUAAAGUUUUUAUGUGAAGCGAUUGUUUAUGCUGCAUCUUCUUCCUGGAAGCGCUGUUUGGAAUUCACCCUCCGCCUGUGUGUGUGCACGCGCUUAAGUGCCCUCCGUAGUGCAUAUAUGGAGAAACGCGUUUCAAAAAGUAAGCCAACAUAAAAUCUUUCUGUUCUUGACAGGGCACGUACAUACAAAAAGAUCUCACAGUAUUCUUUUUGUUUAUAUUUGUUUAUGUCUUAAGUGAAUUAUGGUGUCAGAAACAAGUCUGUGCUUAUUUUGUCUUAAAGAGACAGUAACCUCAAUCAACUUAAUUAAGUCUGUGUCAUUAAUGUUAAUCAAACAACCCAAGACAAAGAGAAAAUCACUUCUGUGGCUCUAAAAACAAUAAUUAUAUUUAAUUUGUACAAUAAAGAGAGUGUUAUUAUUAAUUUAAUAUAUAAAAUGUAAUAAUUUUAGACCUUACUUAAUAUGCAAUUUUUUUUCUUUUUUUAAUAAAUGUUUGCAAUUUCUUUAUUUGUUAUUAGAUUUUUCCCAUCUUUUUUUACUGAUCCAAAAAAACGAUCCAAUCCAUGCCUUAAAAACCGUAAUGUGAUCCGAACCGUGAGUUUUGUGAUCCGUCACAGCCCUAGUUAAUGCCAAACGGACCCAAGACAACCCGAACUAUCUUGCGUGUUUGCAUCAGGUCCUUUUCCAACCCUGUUAAUUUUCAUUGAGACAGACGUGUCAAUCAAUUUUAAAUGCACAUUUUAGUGGUUACCUUGCUGUUGUUGUCAGAUGACAAGGUAAUUAAAGCAACACUAAAGAGUUUUUGCUCUUUGCUCCCCCUACAGGUUAGAAGCGUAAUUGUUCAUUACCACUGUCGUAAAUACUGCAGCAUAGCUGGCUCUGAUUGGAUUGUAGGUCUGCUGUAAAGCAAGUUUUUGUAGUUUUCACUCGAACUACAGGGCACGCGUUCGGUUGGUUGGAAACUUCUCUUAGUGCGGUUUUGGCCGAUAGAGGGCUGCAAAGCGAAUGUGAAAGUGCCGUUCACCCUGUUUUGAGUGGAUGAACGACUGAAACUUUUUUGGAAACGUUAUUUUAAGGUAAAAAAAACUCUUUGGUGUUGCUUUAAAUGGAGCAGUGGGCCAAAUUGGAUACGAGGGCAAAAGGGUUUGUUUCUGUCUGACUGGUGCAUGCGGGAAGGCAGACUGGGUUUACAUUCAUGAGUUAAAAAUAAUUGCCGGGUUUAAUUUUCUCGGGUUUGUCUCCGGGUCUUUCUUUAAAAAAAUAUUUAUGCACGUCUAGUACAGGUUAAAAAGUGAUUUGGGUAAUUUCGGGUCAGGUAUAUUUUUUUUUUGGAUCCGAGAAGACCUCUAGUUCAUGUUGGACCUGGAGCUGGCUGGCGUGCAACCCGACUUAUCCAAGACAGGACAUUUUUUAUAUAAUUGAUGCUGUUUUAUGAUCAAAUGCACCUGUGAGUUGGCAAACAUUUUUAUCAAAGUCCUUCAGAAUCCAGUAAUAACAACAUUUCCACAAGUUUAUUAAAAUGCGUAUUUCAUAAAUGUACACGACAGUGGAAGCCAUUGUACAUCUCUCCUUGACUCCGGGACGUUGUAUAUUAUCAAUGUUCCUCCUUCAUGUCAUGUCUGAACUUAAUGAUUGUGUAGUUUAACAGCUCACACUGUCAGCAGUAGCUUUCUCUCAAUAGUGCCUCUGUGUGUCAUCCACUGACAGAAGUGCAAAUUACAACAGCUCUGUUUCAACCACUAUCCUCAGUGCCACAAACCACAAGUCCUAAAAACACAACCUCAUCCACCACAUUCCCCCGACAGAACGCUUUGAGAUUUUACUUUUUGGCUGGAUCAUGGCUCAAUCCACAGCUUUUCUCCAAACUACCUCUUUGUUUCUGCCUGCCACCAAAGUCUUGUCUUGUUUUUGUAGGAGGACAGAUCUCCUCCACCGUCUUAAGCGGUGUUUGUUUGUGGUGGUAAUCUUCCCUGAGCGUUGUUUUUACGCUAUCUCUCCGCACUUCCUCUUCAGUGUUUUUCAGAUAAAGCAAGUAUUUCAGUUUAAACUGACUUUAUCUAAAGCUGUGAAUGUUGCCAGAUGAUCUCUGAAGGAUUCAAACCACAAAGUGCCUUUUUGUUUUGCACUCACAGUUUUCCCAAAGUAACUGAAGACUAUUAAUCUCUGGACGGUACAGAUGUUUUACUAUGAUGUAUGUACCGCUUACAGAGUCAUUUCGCUGUGUACCGCUUUAUGUGUAUGCUAUUUGGUUUAUACAAUGCUCCUGUUUAACUCUUGAGGAUGUUGAAUAUGUACCUUAUACAGUAUGUGACAGAGGUACUAUUUAAAUUUAUAUUAUGUAUAUUGCCUCAAUGCAGUUUGUUUUAUUUUUGUAGUAGUUUGCUUGAUAUUUUAUAGACAAUAGCAGUCGAUCAGUUAGUGUAGGUUUGAUUUCGUUUCGUUUUUGUCCAAAUUGAAUUGAGACUGACAUAUAAGUGAAACAAAUAUCUCUCUUUGUUUCCUAAAAUAAUAGUAAUAAUAAUGUGACAGACUAUGCAAAGAGUCACUUUGCCGUUUUAGGUUUAAAUGUUUUUUUUUCGCUUUAUUUUCAUAGUUUUGUGCUUUAUUUCAGUGUAUUGCUAUCUUGAUAUAUCCCAACAUCUGUGCCUUUGUAUGAAUCAAAUGUUAUUUUAGCGAGAGACCGACAGUAAUCCAUUAGCAGAGUUGUUUGGUUCUCUCCGUAAAAGAGGAAAAUAAGGGAAGAAUUUGUCUUAAUAAUCUGACAUGGCCUUUUGACAAGGGUCAGCACAUUUUUGAGUAUCUUUGGCCAAAGUUAAAUGUGUAACCUAUGGGUUAUGGGGUUACAUACACAACAUGCACAAAUGUAUAGAUCAGUGAUUGUAAAGCAUAUCAAAGCACAUGAAUCUGUGUUGUCCUGCCAAAUGUCCUAUCUUGUACACAACUUAGUUGGCCAGUGCCUUGGGAACAACUAGAUAUCUGUGAGCUUGGCUCAGUAUUUUGUAAUAUACUCCAUUGUAGUGUUCUUUAGGUCAUACAUUUGUAUAAUUGCCAUAAUGUGGUAUCGCUGAAUGUUCUUUAUAAGUUGAAAGUGUUGUUACAAAAGAAUAAAGCAUAUACAAACUUUUA